CCGAAGUGCCCUAAAAAAGACGGGCAGCUAUCUCUCACCUCCUCCCUCUUACACCACACCAAACACACACACUCGUCUACCAACGGCUCAGAAUGAACGUUGCUCUUCUCAGCAUUCUCUGAGGUUUUAGACUCUUUAAACCUCCAGAUCUGCCUUGAUCUACAUUUCUGGUUGUUAUAAUUGGUGUACGGAUGGAGGUGGCGAAAGUGGUAACGUGCGCUGGGGAGACAGUGGUGGUCAUGUUACUUGUCGCUUUAGUCAACGCGCACCUCUCAGCUCUUCUCCUUCGGGAUUUUUUUCAAGGAUUUGGCGAGUAUCCUAUACACAAUGAAGAUGAUUAUAUUUCAUCCGCCACUAAAGUGUUGGAUGCUGAAGGAGUCGAAGAUGAUGAUAAUGAUGACGAUGAGGAUGGUGAUUUCGAUGAAGGUGAGGAAGACCCGUCUUCUGAAGAUUAUGGCGGCAAGUCUAAUAAUAAAGAAAACUCAAAGAAUGGUUCCGGCAAAGGUGACAAACAAGGGAAUGGUGAUGAGGAGGAUGAAGAAGAAGAUGAUGAAGACGGAGAUGAGGAUGGCGAUGAUCAAAACAAUGACGACGACGAGGAAGAAGAUGAUGAUGACGAUGAGGGGGACAAGACAGAGGAAGUUGAGGAUAAGGACGAGGCGGAGGAGGAGGAAGAAGAGGAAGAUGAAGAAAUCCAACCUCCAAAGAAGAGGAAGAAGUAGAUUAGGAUUAACAAGUGAUGCAGGCCUACUCAAUGUACUCUCAUAAAGGACUUUCGUAUCUGCUUCUUUAUUAUGUAAACCUAAAAGAUAAUCUUCACAACUCUUUCCUUGGCAAAACCAUAAUGUAAUCAUCUUUACUUAACAUAAAUGAGAUGUAAUACAAACUA